CCCUUAUUACCCGUACUCUCACCCGCAACUCCCUCCCAAGCCUUACUCUCACCCGCAAAGCUCUUUCCCUCUCGUGGCCCCCCCAAGCCUCACUUCUACUUGCACCAUUACUUACAGGGCUCUCCCUUCCCUCCCAAGCCUCACUUCUACCUGCAAAGCUCCCCAUUUCCUCUUGCGGGCCCUCCCAAGCCUUACUCCCACCCGCAAAGCCCUCUCCCUCCCGCGGACCCUCCUAAGCCUCACUUUUACUCGCAAAGCCCUCCAUUUUCUCUCGCGGGCCUUGCCAAGCCUUACUUUUAUUUAUAG